AUGGUGGUUUGUGCAACUACAUUGAGCUUAUUGCUUGUGUUCUUGUUUGGAUUUGUAGUAAAUUUGUCUCUUGCUCAUAAUCAUGUUUAUCACGUGGGCGAACACGAUGGUUGGACUCUUUUACCCUUGGGAAAGUACAACCAUUGGGCUCAGAAACAUAGAUUCCAAGUCAAUGAUGAUCUAGUUUUCAAGUACCAAAAGGGAAACGAUUCUGUUCUUGUUGUUGGAGAAGACGACUACAACAAAUGCAACAAGAAAAACCCUAUCCACACCCUUACCAAUGGCUACUCAAAAUUCAAGCUCACUCGAUCCGGCCCCUUCUUCUUCAUCAGCGGCCACGACCAACGAUGCGAAAACGGCCAAAAAUUGACCACCGUUGUCUCCUCCGGUCACCACUCGCCGUCCUCCACCGCACAUUCUCCAUCCCCAUCCGUCAAAAUCCCAUCUCACGCGCCGCCGCUCCACCCACCGUCUCACUCUCCAUCGCCCGCCGCUCACAAUGACUCUCUACCACUCCCCCACUCGCCCUCACCCAUAACCCCAGCUCACGCGCCGCCGCCUGUUAAUCCUAGCUACAGAUUGUCGAAUGUUGGGAGAGGAAAAAACAAGACUUGGAAAUCGAAAGAGAAUUUUAUUCACCAGAAACGGAAGAUGAAAAAAUUACUGAAUAAAGCAGAAUAA